AAUCAAUAUCCCUCUGUGGGCCCCGCCGGCGUGCCGACGUCGGAGCCGGCACACCAGCCAUCGUCGCUGUCGACGAACUGUGGCCGUCGGAGUCGACAGGGUCUCGCCGGGGAUCGUCGAGAGGUCAGGCGGAGCGCCCGGAGCGCUGUGCUGUGGGCACCAGCACCCUCCCCGGUAGUCCGCGCGUGCGAUGCAUUUCUGGGUGUGCAAAAGGAGCACGCCACACACUUGGGGCGCGCACGGGCCGCACGUUUCUUCAGCCUCCUGGUCGCCCCGGCCGCCGCCCAAGAGAAGCGACUCCCCCAUGCCGGCGCCCGUGCACAGGUACCCGCCGGUACCGACCGCGCAGCGCGAGACUUCUCGCCGAUUGGCCGAACACCGUCAGCCGCCGACCAAUGGCGAGUCUUCGCGCCACAACUCGGCGGCGCGCGCUUCCUCCGUGGUCGAGAUGGCCUCCUCCGAUCCGGCGGCGUCCGAGGGGGAUGGCGAGAUCCUGGUGACGGAGGAACUCGAUUGUGACCCGGCCAGAAAGUGUCAGUCGUGCUGCUGCAUUGUCGUCGUCACCAUCCUCGUCAUCUUCACGCUCUCACUCGCCAAGAUGUACAUCGGACACGACGUAGCUGACGAACAGAACGAGCUCACGGGCAUCAUCUUCUUGGUGCUGCUGCUCUUCUUUGUGUGCCUGCUGCUGCUCUUCGUCCGGUUCUCUGUACUCCUGCUGAAGAGGCGCGUGCGUGAGGGAUCUUCAGUGCGCAGCAGUCACUCCGGUUGUGGAGGAGAGAGUGGGGUUCGUGCGGAUCUGGCGCCUCCGCCUCGUGUGGCUGCACCUCCUCCGUACCAUGAGGCUCUUCUGCUGCCUGCGCCUCUUGCAGAGAGUCCGCCGCCGAGGUAUGACAAACUGCCAGAGCUGAUACGAGGGUCGGUCUGAGUUUGAACGAAGUCAGAGGAUCUUUCGUGACAUUGUGGAAGGCUAUGAGUUUGCGUGUGGUUGAAUUGCGAUGGACGCCUGUACGCGCGAGUGAUGCUAAAGAAGGACGUGGUAAGUCUGUGUGAGAUUCUCGACAAGCUACCGAAAGACAUUCAGUGUUCUCGGCAGUGUGCUGUCAAAUUUUGUUGUGGCGAAGUGUCGGACAAAAAAUGAUCAGAUGGGUGGUGAAAAGAUGAGUGAGAACACGACAUGCUGCGAGGGUGGCGUGGACCACGGUGGUGGGUAAACAAAUCGCUCUGGCGAUUUUCACUCCUCAUGCUGGUGAGGGACCACAAGGAGUAUACGGAGUGACUGCAACGUGUCUACUCUCUGAUUAUCUGCGCCGUGGCUUCACCAGACUUCUUCCGUGAUGUCAGGAAUGCUGGGAGCUGGAAGUGUUGAAAGGAUGACAGUCCUUUCAGUCGAACAAAACAGUCGAGGAAACUGUUUUUCUUGUGCGACGUUGACCUUUUUGUCAUACGAGGCGCGUGCUAAGUUGUUGACUGUCAAUGGACUGUUGGUUGUAUUGACUCGAUUCCUAUCGGUUGACUAUAUGAUGUGUUAUGUUGUACAAUGUUGCUACUCGAUACUCAGCAAAAACAAAAAAGUUCAGAGAAACAUUGACCAAAUAAUUGACAUCACAUUCGCGAAUCUGUAACACCAAACAGUGACUUAAUUAAUUACCCUUUCCUGCGCCCAUGUCUUGUGGUAAGGUAGUGACUAGUGCUGUAACAAGUCAUGGACACCGAACAAUCUUGAUUUUCAUGACGUCCAAUGAUUUACAAAUCAAAAUGAUCCCUCUGUGAAGGUCAAUGGGUGGCACUUCUUUGUUCCAGCCUUUUGUGCAGAAAAAUUGACUCGAGAGCGUCUAGCCAGAUGCGCAUCUCUCUUGGGAAGAAGACUUAAUGACACGACAUUGAGUAGAUAUGUGGUUAGAGUUCCACGGGGAACUUCACUAAUGAUGAAACGAGAGAAGCUUUUAUAUCGAGCCCCUUUUAUACGUAGCAUUUGAUAAACUAGCUAGAAGCUGUGGAAAGAUUGUGUAAUGUACAUACAUCUGAUAGCUAGACAGAUCAACUCCGAUCGUUAGAACUGUUAUUUGAUAUUUUCCAGCCAUCAAGGAUUUCAACAAUCAACAUGUAACUCACUUAAUUGUCAGGUGAAGGGUGACUGUUUCUGUUAGGUCUGAGUUCAGAUAAUUGUGAAAAAGUGGGAUGCGGAUUCUGUGUUACGAGCUAUUCAGCUGAAUUUUACUGAGACCGAAUUGAUUAAUGCUCUGUCGGCUGAGUCGUUCGCUGAAUUCGUUGUCCGCGUAAUGCAAGCGAAUGAAUACUGUAAGCGGAUGGAUAGGCGCCUUUAAACUCUAGCCUACCGUUGUAUCAAAUAUGUGAGGCAUUUGAGUUUUCGUUUACAGCAAUGCGACGUAGCGCGACCAGCCGCCCAUCGCUCUUCAUCUUGACAGGAACAGCAUCGCUGAGCCCUGUGCACUCGGGGAACUUUGCAUUACAUACGGCAUACCAACUCACCGUGAUAGGUCACCGCGUGACCUUUGACAGGUCACCAGCUUGUGACAGGUCACUGUCAGGUCACUGACGGGUCGCUGUCAGGCUCAGCACAUAAACGAGUCAUUGAAUUUUUCUGAUGCCAUACCUAUUUGAAACCUCCGAGCUGCUUUGCAUACCGUCGUGUCUAGUUCAGCCUCAAGCAGUACGGAACUGUCUUUAUUCUUUACUAUCUUAUGCUACUUCAACGGCUGGAGAUAUGUUUUUUUGUAUAGAUAUUUUGGGAGAUGUCGUAUGCCUGUGCAUUUACUCGUGACUCACAUGAUUAUAUUUUAUUGUUGACCGAUUUAUGUGGCACUGUGACUGUGGGAAAAGCCAUGUGGUUAGGCAGUCUAGCGCACAAGACUGUUGUUUGGACUGCUAUGUGAUGUUAUAAGUGUCGGCUAGAACUAAUAGGUGUGUCUGGUGAGUGACUGAAUCCGACUUAUUUGGGGCUAUUUUCAUGUUCAGAUGGAAAUUGUGCGCAAUGUAUUCAGUGUAUAGCACCGACGGCGAGAAAAGGAGUCGUGACAGUUUUUGUUACUGUACGCCUCUUGAUCGAGUCAUGAUACAAUUUUCCACAAAAGAUACUUUGCUGAUCUCAAAACAUGGAAAAAGUAUCAAAGCAAGGCAAGCACGAACACAGCAGAUUUGAAGCGCGGUCUACAAUCUAAAUAAACUCUUAUGCAUGAUUUCUAAACUAUUUCACUCAGAUCACAAGCUCGACAAACCUCUGAGGACAGUUUGUAAAUUAACACUUUUUCUGGAUUUGAUAAGAAAUUACGCUAAUUUUAGGCAAUUUAGCUAAAAAGAAUCCCGUUUUUAUACCGGGGCUAUGCUGAGAUAUAAAGCGCGUAUUUAAACAGAACGCGCUUCUACUAGGGAUUGCUGCACCUGCUGGUAAUCUAUUGACGUCGAUAUGACGCAAUCGCUACCUUAGUGUUUGGAAGGGGUGAGUUUUUGUAACUGAUAAAUCAUUUGUACUGUAAAUACCGUUUGUACGUAGGCAUAGAAACCAUGUAUAUUUUUGUAUGCUUCCCAGUGUGAGUUGUUUUGUCUUCGCUGUAUUUCGCAAUAAAACACGUUCCAAUACAG